AUAUGGACGUCCAAUCACCUGACAGCUGUGAAGGACCAUUCGAACUAUUUUUCCAUAGUGUAAUAAACUAAAACAUAAGUAAAUUAUUACAUAAAAGCUUCAAUAACGUUCAUAGUGUAAUCAGUGAAGGUUUCUGUGAUAACAUCAUGAACAUUUUAUUAUUUAUCGAGUACUCUUUGCCAGAUCUAUUUGAUUGAAAAAAAAAACACAAUGGAAGUACCAAUCGAACACAACCACAACAUUAUUGUUCACUUCAUGAUAACAUAGUCGAGAUCGACUCUAAAUUUUUUAAGAAAAACAAAUAAAAACCGUUAGUUUUGAAGUUCUAGUAUCCAUAUAAAAACUGUUAAAUCAAUAAUUCCAAUUUAAAUUUUAAUAUUUUAUUUGUAUUAGAUACAAAUUAAAAAGUUUAUUUAUUUGACAAAAUAAAAAUUUAUUUAAAAAAUAGUUACCAAAGACGUUUGUAUUAUUAAAAUUAAUCGACAAGAUAAGUUAAUGUUGCUAAGCUUAUGGGAAGAGGAAAAAGUAGAAAAGACAAAAGGAAAAUCCAAGAUGGCCGCCACCAUGGUUGAAACUCCACCUCCUCAAUUGAUUACCACUAUAGAGUGGAGCAUGAUGGAUAAAAGCAAAUUUUUCCCAUUAUAUACCAUGAGCAGUUUUACAGUUCGUUGCGCCCUAUAUCCGCUUACAUUGAUAAAGACACAGAUACAAGUGCAAAGGAGGAGAGAGGCUUAUAAAGGCGUCACAGAUGCUUUCACAAAGAUAUACGCCAGCGAAGGUGUGUCUGGCCUCUACAGAGGUUUCUGGCUGUCUAGUUUUCAGAUAAUUUCUGGCGUCUUCUAUAUAUCUACGUACGAAGGAGUGAGAUUUGAAUUAGGAAAAUAUGACAUUAGCCCAAAAUGGAAGUCGUUCAUCGGCGGCGGAUGCGCUUCCAUCGUCGGGCAGACGAUAAUAGUGCCGUUUGACGUGCUGAGCCAGCACCUGAUGGUGCUAGGCCUGGUGAAGGGUAGGACCGGCGGCGUGAGCACCACGAUAAAUCCCCUGGGCAUAGAUUUAGAUAAGCGCAGAUCGAAAGCGGCCUUAGCCCGGGAGGUGGCGGUGAGGGUGUACCGGCAGCACGGGCCGCUGGGCUACUACCGGGGGUACACGGCGUCGCUGGCGGCCUACGUGCCCAACUCGGCGCUGUGGUGGGCUCUGUACACGGCGUACCAGGAUGAACUUUUGAAGAUAUCUCCCGUAUGGGUGUCGCAUCUGCUGAUACAAUGCGUGGCUGGCACUCUUGGAGGCUUCACCACAACGAUACUGACCAAUCCCCUGGACAUUGUGAGGGCGAGAUUACAGGUGGAAGGCGUCGGCACGAUGAAGCAGGUGUUCAAGCAGCUCUGGGCGGAGGAAGGUCUGUUCGGGCUGUACGCAAAGGGCCUGUCCGCGAGGCUGGUGCAGUCGGCGUGUUUCUCAUUCAGCAUCAUCCUCGGAUACGAGAGCAUCAAGCGGAUGGCUAUUAGCGACGAGUAUAGGCCGAGAGUGCGUUGGUAGUCAUUAAAGAAAUGAGAAAAAAAA